UAUGCGCUGCUGCUGGGUGCAAUUGCCGGCUGAUGAGCGAGGCACCUUGAUCUGAGCAAAGGAAGCGCGGUAGAGCCUACUCAGGUGAAGGAUCUCCUCCAGGUGAAGGAAAGGAUGCUGAUGCCCGUUUGCAGGAGAACCGGGAGCCACCUUCUUCAGAUGGUGGGGGCCACCAGCACAGUCCAAGGCCUCCGCUUCCCCCAGAAUAGAUGCUGCUACUCGAGAGAAUCCUAUCCUUCGCCCACGAAAGCCACGGGGAUUAAAAAGAGGGGCUAUGACAUCACCAGGAACCCCCAGCUCAACAAGGGAAUGGCCUUCACCCUUGAAGAGAGACUCCAGCUGGGAAUUCACGGUCUGCUUCCUCCUUGCUUCUUGAGCCAAGACGUUCAAGUUCUCCGUGUCCUCAAAAGCUAUGAGACCAAAGCCAAUGAUCUAGACAAAUACAUUAUCCUCAUGACGCUGCAAGACCGAAAUGAGAAGCUGUUCUACCGUGUCCUCACGUCGGACAUAGAAAGAUUCAUGCCAAUAGUUUACACCCCAACGGUGGGUUUGGCCUGCCAGCAGUACGGCCUAGCGUUCAGAAGGCCACGUGGGCUGUUCAUUACCAUUCAUGACAAAGGACACAUUGCAACGAUGCUGAAUUCGUGGCCUGAAGAAAACAUAAAGGCUAUUGUGGUGACAGACGGAGAGAGAAUACUAGGUCUGGGAGAUCUAGGAAGCUAUGGCAUGGGAAUCCCAGUCGGAAAGCUUGCUCUGUACACAGCUUGUGGUGGAGUUCACCCCCAGCAGUGCCUCCCUGUCCUUCUAGAUGUUGGCACAGACAAUGAGGCCCUCCUGAACGAUCCGCUCUACAUCGGUCUGAAGCACAAGAGAGUUCGUGGGAAACAGUACGACGCCCUGAUUGAUGAGUUUAUGCAAGCAGUGGCUAACAAGUACGGAAUGAAUUGCCUCAUUCAGUUUGAGGACUUUGCGAACGCCAACGCAUUCCGACUCCUCAACAAAUACCGUAACCGAUAUUGCACAUUCAAUGACGACAUUCAGGGAACUGCCUCUGUUGCAGUAGCUGGGAUCUUCGCAGCCUUAAGGAUCACAAAGAACAAGCUUUCUGAACACAAGUUUGUCUUCCAAGGAGCUGGAGAGGCCGCUAUGGGCAUAGCUCACCUGAUUGUCAUGGCCCUGGAAAAGGAAGGAGUUUCAAGGGAAGAAGCUAUUAAAAAAAUCUGGAUGGUGGAUUCCAAGGGACUCAUUGUCAAGGGCAGGAGUCACCUGAACCACGAGAAGGAGAUGUUUGCUCAAGACCACCCCAAUGUGAAGACCCUUGAGGAAGUGGUGCACACAGUAAAACCAACAGCCCUUAUUGGUGUGGCUGCCGUUGCAGGCGCUUUCACCGAGCAGAUUUUGAAGGACAUGGGGACGUUCAACGAGAGGCCAAUUGUGUUUGCCCUUAGUAACCCCACGAGCAAAGCAGAGUGCACGGCCGAACAGUGCUACCGCUUGACAGAGGGACGAGGGAUAUUUGCAAGUGGUAGCCCUUUCCCGAAAGUGACCCUGCCAAACGGACAGACUUUCUUUCCUGGCCAAGGAAACAACGCCUAUGUCUUCCCGGGAAUUGCUCUGGGUGUGAUCGCCUGUGGCGUCCGGCACAUCUCUGAUGACAUCUUUCUCACCACAGCAGAGUCAAUUGCAGAAGAGGUCACGGAGGAGAAUCUUGCCGAAGGAAGGUUGUAUCCACCUCUGAGCUCCAUUCAAGACGUCUCCUUCAAAAUUGCUGUUAAAGUCGUUGACUAUGCCUACAAACACAACUUGGCCUCCUGGUACCCAGAACCAGAAAACAAAGAAGCCUUCGUUAAAUCCCUCAUUUACAGCCCUGACUAUGAUUCCUUCAUUAUAGAUAACUACCAGUGGCCACAGGAAGCCAUGGAGACUCAAAAUAUUUAAUGUUCUCUUUGGGGGAGGGGAGG